AUGGAGAUUGAUAAUAAUGCCAUGAGAAAAGAAAUAUUAAUUCAAUUUGUUAACCAUGAGAAUAAAGCUACAGGACCUAUUAUUAAUGUACCAUUAAGUAUUACAAAAGAUAAUCUAGAUGAAUUAAUAAAUGAUCUAAAAAAAAAAAAUGAUGGUUUCAUUGAAGAAGAUUCAGAAGAUAUUAAUUACUCUUUUAUGAUAAAUGAUAAAUUACCAAUAAAAAAUAGUUUAUAUGAAGCUAUAAAAGAUAAUAAUAUAAGUAGUGAAAAUAUAUUAUCAAUAAAAUAUUUCCCAUUAAACAUUUUUAAAGUUAAAAAAAUAAAUGCUUGUAGUGCAACAUUACCAGGGCAUACAAAUUCUAUCCUUAGCUUGGCUUUUAGCCCAAAUAGUUCUCACUUAGCUACAGGUUCAGGUGAUAAUACAGUUCGUUUAUGGGAUAUAAAUACGCAAACACCAAUUGCAACAUUAAAAGAUCAUAAAGACUGGGUUUUAGUUGUUUUAUUUUCACCUGAUAAUAAAUUUUUAGCUACUGCUGGAAUGGAUCAUAAUAUUUGUAUAUAUGAUACACACACAGGAAAGUUAUUAAAUAUAUUAACAGGUCAUAAAAAAGAAGUUACAACUUUAUGUUUUGAGCCUCUACACUUACUUAAGGAGAAUGAUAUUAAAAAAAAAAGUAUUGAUACAAAAAAAAGAAAGAAAAUAAAUGACAUAAAAGAAGAGAAUAAAGAUAGUAGCAAACAUAAAAGCAAACAAAAUAAGAUAAAUAAAGAAAUUCAAAAUGAUAGGGAAUCCCAUAUUAAAAAUAAUGACAGUAAUAUUGAUAAAGUUCAUAUGGAAGAGAAAAUGAAAAGUGUAGAAGAAACUAUGAAGAAAAGAAAAAAAGAAAAACAAUAUGAUGAUAAAAAGAAUGAUAAAAAUGAAAAAAAGGAGUCAUCUGUAAGCUACAAUCAAAAAGAUGCAUUUUUUGUAAAAAGUAGACUUGCAAGUGCAGGAAAAGAUGGAUGUAUAAGAAUUAAUAAUAUACUAAAUAAUAGUGUUGACAAAAUAUUAACAGGACACACAGAUACAAUUACAUGCAUAUUAUGGUCAGGAAUGAAUGAUAAAAGUGCUAGAAUUUAUAGUAGUUCAAGAGAUAGAACUAUAAAAAUAUGGAAUGUAAAUGAGGGUACAUUACUUUAUGAUUUUAAAGGUCAUAGUCAUUGGGUAAAUUGCUUAUCUUUAAAUUCAGAAAGAAUAUUAAAAAAUGGAAUUUAUAAUUUAGAUGUCAUAAUAAAUAAAAUACACAUCGAAAAUCAUAUUGAAAAGUCAAAAAUUAUAUAUAAAAAAUUCUUUAAAAAUCAGAGUAAUGAAAAGUUGGUAAGUGGAUCUGAUGAUUGUACAUUAUAUUUAAUUGAUUGCUUAAAAAACAAUCAGUAUAAAAGCAUAAGAUUAUUAGGUCACCAAAAGCCAGUUAUUCACACACAAUUUUCACCUGAUGGAAAAUUAAUUGCAUCUUCUUCUUUUGAUAAAAGUAUUAGGAUAUGGUCAAGUAAAGAUGGUCAGUUUUUAUCUGUUUAUCGUGGUCAUGUUGGACCUGUUUACAAAAUUGCUUGGUCUAUCGAUAACAAUUAUUUUGUUUCAUGUAGCAAUGAUAGUACUCUAAAAUUAUGGAAAGCGAAUCACCUAAAUGUUCAUCUUAAGAAAGAAAAAGAAAAAGAAAAAGAAAAGGAAGAAGAUGAACAAAAAAAAAACAAAAAAAUUAAAACAUUAUUAGUAGACUUACCAGGACAUGCUGACGCUGUUUAUGCUAUUGAUUGGUCAAAUGACGGAAAAUUUGUUGCAUCAGGAGGAAAAGAUAAAGUUUUAAAAAUUUGGUCUCACUAA